GUCCGGUUCAACUUCCGUUUCCGCCCCAGCUCCCGGUAACUUCCGGUUCCGGCUGCGGGAGCGGUUGUCGCGGGGUGACGCAGGGCUCGGGAGGCCACGAUGAUCGAAGUCGUUUGCAACGAUCGUUUGGGCAAAAAAGUGCGGGUAAAAUGCAACACCGAGGAUUCCAUCCGCGACCUCAAGAAGUUGAUCGCGGCACAAACCGGGACCCGUUGGGAUAAAAUCGUCCUCAAGAAGUGGUACACUAUUUUCAAGGAUCACGUCACGCUGGGCGAUUAUGAGAUCCACGAUGGUAUGAACCUGGAGCUCUACUACCAGUAGCGGCCGCCGUUCCUCUCCCGGUUCCCCCUCUCCCGGUUCCCCCUCUCCCGGUUCCCCCUCUCCCGGUUCCCCCUUUCCCGGUUCCCUCCCGGUUUCUCCCCAAACCCCGGUUACCAACCCCCUAUUGAGGCUCUAAACCCGCUGUACCUUCCCCAGACUCUCGAAAUGAUUUAUAAUAAACGUGUUUGUGGAGA